CCUAGAAUAAAUGACAAAACAAUAAUGGAGGCUUGCAAUACUGUCGAACGUGAACUUGAUAAAGUUUUAUUGAAAUUUACGGAUAUAAAUCAUCAAGCUGGUGCUGUGCUUCGAGAUCUCAUCAAUGAUAUUGAAACGAUCAAACGAGAAUUGGAGGAAGCUCCUCCAGACCAAGAGUUAACGCCAAGUCAAGUACAAAUGUUGAAACAAUCUAUGAGCAAAGUCCGUGAUACAGUUCAGCGUUUAGCUACAGAUCACCGUGAAUCUCAUAGUACAGUAUCCAAAGUUGGCAAAGCAAUCGAUAGAAAUUUUAUCGCUGAUUUCGCAAGUACCAGUAGAGAAGAUGUCUUUAGUGGCCCUGAAAAGACUCAACUCCUCAAUCAAGUUAUUUGUCAACAUUUUUAUAGACAAGGAAUGUUAGACAUCGCUGAGGAACUUGCAAAGGAAACCGGAAUUAAGACUGACGAUUCAAAGAAAGAACCUUUCACUGAAUUAAAUUAUAUUCUAGAUUGCCUAAAACAGAGAAAUUUAGAACCAGCACUUGAAUGGGCCAAAAAUCAUCGUGAUGCAUUAUUAGCACAAAAUUCAUCCCUAGAAUUUAAAUUACAUAGAUUACAAUUUAUAAGACUAGUGCAGCAAGGUCCAAGUAGUCAAGCAGAAGCUGUUAUGUAUGCAAGAAAACAUUUAACACAAUUUGUAUCUCGUCAUGAAAAAGAAGUACAGUCAUUAAUGGGUACUUUGCUUUAUUUACCAAAUGGAAUCCAAUCUUCUCCUUAUAGUCAUUUGUUAGAUCCAAAUUUAUGGUUGGAUAUUCACGAUGUCUUUACCAAAGAGGCUUGUACGCUCUUAGGUUUAAGUGUUGACAGUCCAUUAUCUGUUUGUGUUAAUGCAGGAUGUACAGCUUUACCAGCUUUAUUGAAUAUCAAACAAGUAAUGCAACAAAGACAAGUUACAAACAUUUGGAACGGAAAAGAUGAACUUCCCAUUGAAAUUGAUCUUGGAAAACAAAGCAGAUAUCACUCAGUAUUUGCCUGUCCAAUAUUGAGACAACAAAGUACAGAAAAUAAUCCACCAAUGAAGCUUGUUUGCGGCCACGUGAUUUCCCGAGAUGCGCUUAAUAAACUUACCAGCUCCAACAAGAACCAUUUUGUUUCCAGACUCAAGUGCCCCUACUGCCCUGUUGAACAGAAUCCAGAGGAUGCCAGGCUCAUUUAUUUCUAAGAGACUGUGAUACAACUUUUUUUCACUUCACUAAACACAUAAAAAAAUUUAAAUUUUCAGUACAUCAGGGAAUUAUUUCAAUUUUUACGCAAGUCGAUUUAUAGAUGAAAUUAAUAUUAUUAUAACUGUAAU